AUGGUAUGUGUGGACAGGCUGGGGGCAGGGGUCCGGUUUCUCUGUCUGAAGAACAUCCGCACAUUUCUGAAGGUCUGCCACGACAAGUUCGGCCUCCGCAACAGUGAACUCUUCGACCCGUUCGACCUGUUCGACGUCAGAGACUUCGGCAAGGUGAGUCAGCUAAAACUUUAUCGUUUAUUUUCUCUGCUGCUGCUGAUGGUGUCUGGGUGA